AUGGCGCAGUUUAUACCGCGUCAUGUCUUCCCCAAUUAUGGGGCAAUUCCGAGGUCCUACUUCCUGGGCCAUCAUCGCGCCGGUCUGACCCAGAUGAAGAACAUGCUCGCAUCGAUUGAUUAUGUGGUCGAAUGCCGGGAUUACCGCGCCCCUGUCACCUCAAUAAACCCUGUAUUUGAAGAGGCAUUGGGCAAGAAGCGACGAAUAGUCGUCUAUACUAAGAGAGAUCUUGGCAGCGCCCCCAAAUCUUCAGCACGGCAGGUGACAGAAAAUAAAGUACGGAGCUUCGACCCGAACAGUGCCGUCUUCUUCACCAGCUCAGCCUCCCGCGCCGAUGUAUCUCAAAUAAUCAAACACCUCCGAAACGACGCCGCGGCUCCAGAUAAAUUGACCGGGUCUCGGGUGAUGGUGGUGGGAAUGCCCAAUGUUGGCAAAUCAACGUUAAUCAACCAUCUAAGGAAUCAUGGCGUGGGCAAGGCCAAAGCCCUGAAGACCGGUGGUCAGCCGGGCAUCACUCGGAAAAUCGCAAGCCCGGUGAAGAUUAUUGAGCGCGACAGUGGCGCGCAUGUAUAUGUGCUAGACACACCUGGUGUCUUCAUGCCAUAUGUUCACGAUGCGGAAAAUAUGCUCAAGCUGGCGCUCUGUGGUUGUGUCAAAGAUGCGGUCAUCUCACCUGUCACCCUUGUGGACUAUCUGUUAUACAAGAUUAAUUUGCAUGAUGCGCAGGCGUAUCAGCGAUGGUCAGAAUCUACGAAUGAGGUGAUGCCUCUCAUCGAAAACUUUGCGCGAAAAACUGGGCUACUUGGGAAAGGCGGAGUGCCCAUCAUCGACUCUGCGGCUUUGCAUCUCGUCCAAAAAUGGCGACAGGGCGACCUUGGUCGCUUUCUACUGGAUGACUUGGAUGCGGAGAAGCGCCAACGAGAUGACCCUGAUUAUAAACCUCAGAUGAGCAUGUCACAGGCAUUGAGGAUAGAGAGGGUCACUCGGAAAACCAGAUCGGAUGUGAAUAGCAGCUCCGAGUAA